AUGAAGUGGUGCAACCUGUUGUGCCACAGGUCCUUCGUGAGAACCAACAGUGCCCCCUAUGGGGCACCUCUGACUGCAGGCAGCUGCCCUCGCCCAAUACACUGCAGACAUCUACCUCGCAAGCUCAUGCAAGAGCUGAGCCCCUCCCAGACUGGACCAGGCAGUCUUCCUGCCUCUGCUGGGCCGGAGCCACUGAAUCAAUCAUCCUGCUCGGGCUCUGAUGGUAUAAUGGAAAACAGCCACACAUCAGAUGCCAUCAAAUAUAUUCCUGCCGAGGAUCCAGUACAAACUAAGAGCCGUGUUGACUGGAGUUGUCUGGGCCUGAUUAACCGUGACCCGAAAAAGAGAUAA